UUUUUUAAAGCCAUUAUGUCGUUUGAAUUAGUUGAAUACAUUCACUUCAUUUUAAUACUUUUUUUUAACAGUUUCAAAAAUCAUCCUUUGUAUGCUCUGAAGAGGCAUCUUCUAAAAUUUGAAGGCAUCUACCCUCCUGAUGCACCAACUGUUGGUUUUCUGAGAGGGGAACCAAUAUAUCCUCGAGAGUGUGUUGUGCAGUUACAUUCUCGGGAGACGUGGAUAAAAGAAGCACGUGUUGUUCGUGUAGGAGAAGAACCAUAUAAAAUUGUGAAAGCCAGGCCUAAGUGGGAUAGGAUAGCUGGUCUUAUGAGGACAGAUUUACCGCUUGAAUUAUUUGGGCACUGGCAGACGGACCAGUAUGAACCUCCUGUUGCUAAAGAUGGUAAAGUUCCAAGAAAUGAAUAUGGAAAUGUUGAAUUAUUUAAGCCAUGCAUGUUACCAAAAGGAACUGUACAUUUACAAAUUCCUGGAUUGAAUCGUAUUGCCCGUAAGCUGGGCAUUGAUUGCAGUCCUGCAGUGGUAGGAUUUGAUGGCCAUAAAGGAAGUGUUCAUCCUGUUUUUGAUGGCUUUAUAAUAUGUAAGGAGUACAAAGAUACAAUAUUAGCUGCUUGGGAAGAAGAGCAAGAAAAUGCAAGGAAAAGGGAAGAAGAGAAAAGAGAAAAGCGCAUUUAUGGAAAUUGGAAAAAACUGAUCAGAGGUUUACUUAUAAGGGAGCGAAUUAAAUUGAAAUAUGAUACAAAAUGAGCUGAAGAUUUCAUUUGAAUCAUCUUACACUCCAAAAAGCUAUUCAGCAUCAUUCCAAAGAAAAUUGUAUUUUAGUUCAAUUCUCUAUUGUCAUGUUAAAUACAUUGUUACAUUUUUAAAAGCUUUUACUUUGUACAUAGAAUUGUAUUUGCAUAAGCAAAUGUUAUGAUCAAAUUAAAGCUUGGCAUAUUACCAGAA